GAGACGAAUAAACAGGAUCUUUUAAAACUUAAAGAUUUUAAGAUUUAUAUCCAGUUAAUGAUAUUUAAUUUAAUCCUAAAAAUGAAUAAGAACUUGCAACUUUUGGUUCUGAAGGAAAAAUAAUAUGGUUUUGAAAUAAUCUAUUAGUACUACAUGUCCUUCGUUUGA